AAAGCAAGUCGUUUUGGGUCCCGGUUCGACUCACUGACUUGACUCACCACCACCAUCAGCAAGCAAGCAGACUCCCCGAGUUUCAGGAGACAAAGUUCCCCUCGUCCAUUGUUUCCCAAUUCCCACCGCACCAAAGCUUCAACCAGUAGCAGUAGAAGGAGAAGGAAGGAAGAUCUCCAAGCCGGUACCUUAGGACUUUCGCCGACGACGGUGGUCGGAGAGAUCCAGCCUCUCUCCCUCGUUUCUCCUCGUAAUGGCGCACCGAGCAGUGAAGCUCUUCUUCUUGCUAUGCGCACUGUCUUACGCUCUCGUCACCAUUGCCGGGAAGAGCUACUACGAUGUGUUGCAAGUGCCCAAAGGUGCGUCGGACGAUCAGAUCAAGCGAGCUUACAGGAAGCUGGCGUUGAAGUAUCAUCCCGAUAAGAACCAGGGGAAUGAGGAAGCUAAUAAGAAAUUCGCAGAGAUUAGCAACGGUAUAGAUUGGAUUUGGUGGACAUUGUACUCUCUUUUAGCUUAUGAGACGUUGUCCGACGGCGAGAAGCGGAAGAUUUACGAUGCUUAUGGGGAGGAAGGGCUUAGGCAGCAUAUGGCGAAUGGAGGCGGCGGUGGAGGAAUGAACAUGCAGAACAUUUUCGAGCAAUUCUUUGGCGGAGGAGGUCAAUCGGAAGAGGAGGAAGAGAGAAUCCAAAAGGGUGAUGAUGUCAUUGUUGAUUUGGACGCCACAUUGGAAGAUUUGUACAUGGGUGGUUCAAUGCAGGUGUGGAGAGAGAAGAAUGUUAUCAAGCCAGCCCCAGGGAAAAGACGAUGUAACUGCAGAAAUGAGGUCUAUCAUAGACAAAUUGGUCCAGGGAUGUUCCAGCAAAUGACAGAGCAGGUCUGUGAUCAAUGCCAAAAUAUCAAAUUUGAGCGGGAAGGGUAUUCUCUCACAGUUGAUAUUGAAAAAGGAAUGCAAGAUGGACAAGAGGUUGUUUUCUAUGAAGAUGGUGAGCCCAAGAUAGAUGGGGAACCAGGAGAUUUGAAGUUCCGCAUUCACACAUCACCUCAUGACGUUUUCACAAGGAAAGGCAACGACUUGCACACCACAGUCACCAUCACACUGGUUCAAGCCCUCGUUGGCUUCGAGAAGAAGAUCAAGCACCUCGAUGAGCAUCUGGUCGAUAUAGGCUCACAGGGAAUCACUAAGCCAAAAGAAGUAAAGAAGAUCAAGGGCGAGGGGAUGCCUCUGUACGCAAGCAACAAGAAAGGCGACCUCUAUGUGACGUUCGAGGUUCUCUUCCCUAAUUCAUUGACGCAGGAGCAGAAGACGAAGAUCAAGGAAGUUCUCGGCUAAAAGUAUCGUUAGGAAUUUUAUGCCAGUCAUUCCGAGGUUCCAAGUUCCAACUAUAGUUUUUAACUGUAACAUGUCAGAUAGAAGAACCUUGAGAGGAGGGAAAGCAAGUUUUGUUUCCUUGAUUUGCCGCCUCUGUUCCCUGCCUUCCCCCAAUUUUUUCCCCAGUAGUAUACCAGAAAGAAAAUUGAAUUAGCUGUUUUUCCACUCUUGCGUACCAAUUCGUAUGUACACUUUUAAGAAACCAUUAAUCGAUAAGCACACCAAGCUGCUGCUGAGGUUAUUGAGGUGUACUUUGAAAUUUGACUGUGUGGAAGAUUUAUUUUAUCAAUGCAGUCAUAAGUGUAUUAGAUCAUAUCUAAUUGGAGG